AGGCGGCGGCCGGUGUCGCGCGGCGGCGGGCGAUGAGCGGCAGCGGCGAGGCCGAGCCCCCCCCGGCGGCCCCCGCCGCCCCCGCGCCGCCCCCCCCCGCCCCCGCCGGCGACAACAAGCCCAGCCCGGCCGCCGGCGGCAGCGGCGUCCCCGGGGCGCCCCCGGGAGCGGCGGGCGGCGCGGCGCGGGGAACCGAGGGCGGCGCGGCCGGCGGGAGGGGGCCCGCGCCCGUCUCGGCAGCGGUGGCCGCAGCCCCCCCCGAAGGGGCCAUGUCCAACGGGGUCUACGUGCCACCCAGCGCGGCCAACGGGGACGUGAAGCCGGUGGUCUCCACCACGCCGCUGGUGGACUUCCUGAUGCAGCUGGAAGAUUACACCCCCACGAUCCCGGAUGCCGUCACGGGGUAUUACCUCAACCGGGCGGGAUUCGAGGCCUCUGAUCCGCGCAUCAUUCGCUUGAUCUCGCUGGCCGCGCAGAAGUUCAUCUCGGACAUCGCCAACGACGCGUUGCAGCACUGCAAGAUGAAGGGAACGGCCUCGGGCAGCUCCCGCAACAAGAGCAAGGAUAAGAAGUACACGCUGACCAUGGAGGACCUGACACCAGCACUUGCAGAAUACGGCAUCAACGUGAAAAAGCCACAUUACUUCACAUAAAGACUGAGGGAUUGUUAGCGGGAACUUUUUUUAGGGUCGCUUCUGUGCCAUUAAACAGCUGAGUAGGUUUUUUUGGUGGAAAA